AUGGCCACUGAGAAGAAGGACAAGAUGGAAGCGCAAAUUAAGUCCGUGGACAUGACGGAGGACAUGCAGCAGGAGGCCAUUGCCCUUGCGAUCGAGGCUAUGGAGAAGUACCACAUUGAGAAGGACAUUGCACAGUACAUCAAGAAAGAGUUCGACUCCCGAAAGGGUGCUACCUGGCACUGCGUUGUCGGCCGGAACUUCGGCAGCUUCGUCACUCAUGAGACAAAGCACUUCAUCUACUUCUACCUCGGCCACUGCGCCAUCCUCCUCUUCAAGACCCAGUAA